CCAUCUGUAUUUGGUAAAAAAUCAUUCCACUACGUCAAGUCGUCCGCUCGGUGAAGAUGUCUGCGACGGGUUCAGUCGGCUGUGGACCAGUACCCACCUCGGGUACCGGGUCCGGGGUUUCCAACCCACGAAAGUUUAGUGAGAAGAUCGCGCUUCACACGCAGCGACAGGCCGAAGAGACAGCCGCCUUCCAGGAGGUUAUGAUGGACAUCACCUCCACCAGGCUUCAGGCCCAGAAGAUCCGCCUCUCCAGGAAUCCAGCUGUCUACUACGGCGGCUCGCUACCCAACGUGAAUCAGAUCGGCAGGAGCCCUCCGGACUUCCAGGGCUCCUUCCCCUCCAUACUGGAGUCCAACCGGUCCACUCGACAUCACGGUCUGGUGGAGCGAGUCCAGAGGGACCGCCGGUUUGUCUCACCAGUCCGUCCGUACCACAACCGACAAGUGGACAACUCGCCGUACAACUCUGCCUACUUGUCCCCGCCUCCUGACCCCAGCUGGAGAAGGAAUUGUUCCGGAAACUUCCCUGGAGAUAAAAACCAGUUGUUUCACCUGCCCACCACUGCACUCAACAGGACAAACUCUGACUCGGCCCUUCACACCAGCGUGAUGAACCCUCCUACAAGAAAUGCCUUCACCUCAGGAGGACCAAGCCUUACCACCCAGAGCAACAGACGCUCAGUGUUUCCGUAUCCAGUGCCCCCCAUUGAAGAGAAUGUGUUGGAUGAGGGGAAACUACUCAAACCAUGGAACACCAAGAAGUUGCCUCUGCUGUCAUCCCGACCCAAGUCCUGUGAAGUUCCUGGCAUCAAUAUCUUCACGUCCCUGGAGCAGCCGUCCACGCCGACUCACGGCGUCCCAUUGGGCCUCAAUACCGGUGGUUCGUUGCCUGACCUUUCCAGCCUCCACUUCCCCUCCCCGCUUCCCACACCGCUUGAUCAGGACGAGCCGCUCUACCCGGGUUCCUCCUCUCUGAGUGGGGGUGGCAGCACGGGGAACCUGGCCUCCACCCUUACUCAGUUGGGUAUUAAUGCUGCCAACCCACAAGGAGGAAACGGCAUCUUCCACCACCACACACCAGGUCUCCUCGAGUCUUUACCGAGCACGCUCAGUAGCCCCUCCCUGCAGUCGUCACUAAGUAACCCCAACAUCCAGUCAUCGCUGAGCAGCCACUCCUUCUCCAACUCUUUGAGCUCCGCGUCCCUGCACUCGUCGCUCAGUAACCCUUCGCUGCAGUCGUCUCUCGGUUCCUCCCCUUCCCUGCCGUCCUCGCUCAGCAGCCAAUCGCUUCACUCCUCCCUAAGUAACUCCUCCCUGCAGUCGGUGUCUAGUGGUAACCCUGGCUACAGCUCCGGCUCCUGCUCCUCAUACUCGCCGCUGCUCGGCACACAGGGCCAGCCAGCACUCAGCACGUCGCCACGACGACGGGCACAGCUCUCCCCGCUCAUCCUUCCCAUGGGGGGGGAGUCACGGAGACAUCACUCCAAACAGUUCUCCCCCACCAUCUCCCCCACCCUGUCCUCCAUCACACAGGGCGUCCCUCUGGACACCAGCAAACUCCCUUUGGACCAGAGACUCCCUCCGUACCCGCUCAGCCAGUCCCACCAGCCUCUCCCUGGUCUGCAUGGCUCCCAGGCAGCGCAGCAACCCUCUCCAAUGGGGCAGCACCACCAGCAGCUGCACCGCCUCCAGCAAGCGCGGCCCAAUGCUCAGCAGAAGCUUAACCUGCAGAACUUAGUCAACUCACACGACCAGCACAUGCAGCAGCACUUUGGAUUGCAACAGAGGCCAAUGGAGCAGCAGGCCAAUGCACAACUAGUAAAGCACGAGAGGCUGACGGAUCAGUGUGUGCAGAGCCCCUCUCAGUGUCACAUCAAACAGGAACCCGAGCAACACACGGCGCAGAACCGAGCCGGCGGCCUGCAGCAGCUCCAACAGAUCAGCCACAACCUGGCAACCGACCUGUACAACGAUGCCUUGUUCAACUCUCUACUGGAUGACCCUUACUUGAGUCUUCAGUUCACAGGCAGAUCCACCCAGCAGUUCUUAGCAGAUAAACAGGCAGACUGUCUGUCUCUGAGCAGCAGUGGUCUGAGCUGCACCAGUGACAAGAACCAGUAUCUGUCCAACACCCAGGGACACUUGGACCUGCAGGACCCCGGGGACCAGCAGCUACUCAACAAUCAGAACCAGAACUAUGGUGGGGCGGACGGCCGACACAACGUUCCCAACAUAAUCCUCACUGGAGACUCCCCCCCUGGCCUGUCUAAAGAGAUCGCCAGCGCUCUGUCUCAUGUGCCUGGCUUUGAGAUGGACCCAUUCUCCCUGGACGACCCGCUGAGAAUGGACCCUCUUUCUCUGGACAUGCUGGACGGAGACCUGAUGCUCGCUGACCCGGCUGUGGAGGAUUCCUUCCGAUCCGACCGGCUGAAGUGACCCCCCCCCCCCCGCCCCCCAUCCCUGUGGGUUGUAGUGAAGAGAAGAUCACCCUUUAGAGGUGGGGUGGGGGUGGGGGGGGGGACACACCGAGAUCAAGCAGCCCUGUUUGGAGUUCAGAAUGACGUUCUCCUUAAACCGCCCUCGCUGUGAUUUACGUCCAGAAUACCCAAGAGCUUCUCUUCUGGGCAUUAGCAUGUAGCUGCAUGUUCAGCAUCCGUGCUGGUCGCCAUUCCGCAAGAAGGCCGAGAGCAAUGCAGUCCGUGUUGGUCUUUGUUUGCUCCAUCAACCUAUUUGCUGCGUCUUUUCCACACAUUUGAAACUCAAGUGAUCAAUUCAUGACUCCAUAAAUCCUGUGUGACCACAUAGAACACUUGAGCUUUUCUUUUAGGAGUUAUGAAGUCAACUAAUGUAACCAAACAUGUUCCGUUAAUCCUCACAAAUAUAUAAAUCAAAUCAAAUAAUAAUGAGGGACUUUAAAACUGGACAAACAACUUGAUCUUCAUCCUUCAAGGUUGUUUUGAUUUAUAAUACGGUAGUAAAAGUAAAUGUAUCUGUGGCAAAGGUUUUAACUUAAACUGAACAACGGAUCAGGAAAAACAUUCUAUUUGUGAAAUAAAGUUAAUUUCUUUGAAGAAUCAAUAACCUUAGCUCAUGUGUUCUAUCUGAUCACAGAUCAAUAAUCUCAGAGCUGAGCUCCAACACGUUUUAUACUAACAAGUGUCUUUCCAAAGAGAAAAGGGGACCGCACCUCUGUUGCUGUUCUGAUAUGUAAGCAAUCAGCAGGAAGAAAUCUUUAUUUUCUGGUUCAUGACUUUGUCUUCAUCUCUUAAAGAAAAAAAAAUGAAAUUUUCCCCAAAUAUUGAGAGAUAUCAAAGUCUGAUGGCAGACAUACACCCGCCCCUCAUAACCUGCACUUGCUUCACAUGUGUUUUCAGCCUGAGCAUAGAGACAUAUUUUAACGUAAUGAGGAUUGAAACCUAUAUAUUAUUAAUAUUAUUGUGAAUUUAAAGAUGUUUUAUUUUGUAACAAAAGUGAUCUAAAGUUUUGUAAAUGAUUUCUCAGAUAAUUCCUUAUAUUUAAAAAAUUACAAUAUAAAUAUUUAAGAUGAAAGAGAAAGACAACAAACAUUUGUUUUGAGCUGUGACGUUUAAAUUAAAAAGAAGAGUUUGUCCCUUUAAUUCUGAGGAGGUUGAGGAAGAGGAGGAUGGUGAUGAUAAGGAGGUCGAGGAGGAGGAAUACUGAAGGUUUCCCAAGAUGGGGGCUGGACCCUUAUUAAAGGUUGGGAAAAGUAAGGUGAAUAAAUGUUUUUUCCUCCAGUAAAGAUUAUAAAACAUCCUACACCUAAAUAUCUUUCCAUAAAACCUACACAGUAAGACUUCUGCACCAAAUGUAUUAUUAGAUUGAUUUCUGAUUGGAAAAAUCUGAGGUUAAAUCUGAUCAGGAAUGAAAGCAAAACAAAUAUUGAGUGAAAAAAUAAAUAUUAAGGAGUGAUAAUAUUGGAGGGGUUACACUGCAUGGUUCCUGUGUCACAGGGUUCUUAUGGAUGGUUCUACUGCACGGAUCCUGUUUUAUGGAGAGACGUUUUAUGAGGCCUGUUGGAUUAGAGAUCAGAAGUCAGAAAUAAAUGCGUCAAGUGCCUGAUAUUUGGAGGAUUAUUCAGUGACAGAGUGAUGAUGAGGAUGUCGAAGAUGAUGGUAGAGUGACAAUCAGAACACAAAGUGGAAUGUAGUUUGGAUGUGGCAUGCGGGUCUGACAGACCAACAGCUGUUGCCCUUCUGGCAGGUUUGAGCCUGCGUGUCUUCGGUUUCUUGAUGUCUUCCAGAACAAAAACAUGUUUGUUUUUCUGGAGUUUUACUUCUCUGAAUCUUUGUGGGAUUUAGAUAGGCAGAAGUUAAUACUUUCUUCAUGUAUUCUAAAACCACAAAGGCUCCACCAUAACAUAUUGAGAGAUCAUACCCAGUAGUAGUAUUUUGUGUUAAAUCAACUUCCUCUUGUUCCCAUUUUCAGACUCUUACGUUCACACCAAAAGCAAAUUUCUUGCCACGUUGCGGUUGGCGUUGGGGUUACAAAUAUCUCAGCUUCGUUUGCAUCCUUCGCUUCAUUCACUGCGCUUGUUGAAACGUACCCUUUUGUUCGAAACCAUCUGUGUCUGUGCAUUGACUGUCCGAUCUGGACAGGCCAUCCAACUGGCUGCCGGUUAGCCUGAAGUAGCGCUGGAAGCGACAGUCCUGCAGCUGCACGUCUUGAAAUUUUUCUUGAAAGUACAGAGCAGAAAUAGUGCUUGAUUCCAUGGUGGAUAGCGCAAAUGUCUUCACGUGGACAAGCCACAGGGACAUGCCACGCCCCCCCCCACCCCCCCUUUUCUGGCGCCAAUUAAGCAAAUGAACUAAAAAUAGUAAGCGUUGUGAACAUUUGCUUUGCUUUUGCUGUGAACGCACCAUUAGACAUAAGUCGCAGAUCAGUUAGAGGGGCAAACAAUCAGUCAACUUGUUCAGAAACCCUGUGUGUGGGGGCAUGUGAGUGUGAGUGAGUGUGUGUGUGUGUGUGUGUGUGUGUGUGUGUGUGCGCGACUGAAAGAGGACACAACAUCUUACUGUUAUGCAAUAAACCGAUUAUGUCAAGAUGCAGUUCCAAGGUCUGCGAGUAGAGGGAGCUGUCGACCGGUGUGGUAGUUUUGUGUGCAUGUUUGCACAAUAGGGAUUCAGUUAAAGGCCAUAUUUUAUACAUUUUUCAAGUAGUUUAUUGAUGUAUGAAAUAAUUGCUCUCAUAUUAUUAACGUUAUUGUUAGUUUUAUAUGUUCGUAGGUUGCAGAGAGUAAAAUGAGCGUUGCGUUUUUAUUUGAAUAAUAAAUGUGCUUUUUAUAUUAUUGAGAGCUUUAUUUGAAUGUUGUAAUAAAUAACCAGAGAAUGUUAAGUAUGUUGUAAAUAUGAAUAUGUUUUCAAACCAGGAGUGCUUCUCAAACUGACAGCAGAGAAUUUUAAAAGACUGUAUCUUCAUAAAAUAUUUUACGGAAAAUAAACAAAUGAAACCUGGAAGAUCUGUAGUGUGUUUAUGUGCAC